AGAGCUUUGAAAAGCUUUGAAAGAGUAAUGAAAUAGGACCACCACUCAGACAGCUUGAAGCAUAGAUGGAGCUUGAAGUACCUUGAAGCAGAGACCAUUGGGACCACUGGUGAGAGCUUGGAUCAGAGACAAUGACCAGAGGGAGUGAAGAAAAAUAUUCGGAGGAAACGAAGAGAGUGAAAAAAACAGAACGGGAGGAAAGUUAGGAGGUGCAAGCUCAAGCAGAAAAAAAAAAAGAAAAAAAAAGAGGACCUGUAGCAUAGUAAAUUUUGGUUUCAUUGCUUUCAAUAAAAAAAAUCGUAACUAUUGAAUGUAGAGGAGAACGGUUGAGGGUUCAGGGAGAAGGCACCAACCAAAAACUCUCCUAUACAUUGUUGUCUCCUCCCUCCCACGCUCCCAACAAUCCAGCAACAUUGGCGGACUCAUCUCGCACUCGCUGCAGUAGUCAAUAGGAGGGGUAAUUUGGGAUUUAUGAGUUUUAUGAAGGGUGCAGAAAAAAGAAGGAAGGUGCAAGAAGAAACAGCCAGAAAAGAAUCACCAAUUUCUGCUAAAUGGUUACCAAAACCUUAAUUUCAACAAACUCUCUCAAAUGGCAAUUCGAAACAUCCGCAACAAUCUCAGUUUCAUCUCAAUUCCUCCCUCUUGUAAUUCCACCUUUCAGUUUUUUCUCUUCUGCUCCAACACCCCACCUUCAAGUUCAGCCACACCCCUUCUUUCUCCUCCCCGCUUGUCAAGCUAUUUGCUUUUCUCAUUUGGGUGUUCCACUCUUUGCUCCCCCAAUCACCCUUUUGCGCGUUCUUCAACUUUUCGCUCUAAUAUUGAUAAUGGGCACUCGCGCUUCAAACUCAAUUUGCACUUUCACACUCGCGUGCAUUUUUGUACGCGUACGUGUACUCCUUACUUGGUUAGGCCUCUUGCUACUUCAGAGCAGGUUUCUCAAAUCAUUGCACUGAUUCGUGAUGAUGGGGAUGAUUUGGGAUCCAAGUUGAAUAGUAUGAACGUGUCUUUGUCUGAUGCGUUAGUUGUUGACAUUUUUCAGAUAUUAGCCACCGAAAGAGUGUCAGCAUUGCAGUUCUUUGAUUGGCUUAAAGGUUCCGAUCCUGAUCUUUGUUGUAAUCCGGAUAUAGGUAGCUUGUUUGUUAAUAACUGUGGGUUGUUGGGGAAUUAUGAGGCAAUGGUUCCCGUUUUGCGUGGAUUUAGCCUUAAAAGGGUGUUUUUGGGAAUGAAGGCUUUUGGGUUUUUACUGGAUUUAGGUUUAGACAAGGAUUCUAGUAUGGAAUGUGUGAAAAAGAUUAUGGCCGUGUUCAUUGAGGUUGGCGGGGUUUAUCAAAGUUGUGGAGUUCAGUUGUUGAUAGAAAUGUUUGGUCUUUCAGGAUCGUUUGAGAUGGCUGAGUUUGUGAUAAGAACAGAUGGGAGGAAGGUGAAGAACUAUCAUGUGUUAAUGAGGAUAAUGUGUAAGAGAGGUGAUUGUAAAAGAGUAGAAGAUUUGAUUAAGGAGAUGGAGAGAAGUGGUUGUGAUAUCAAUGCAAAUACGUUUAAUUUGCUACUCAGCUGUCUAUGCAAGAGUGGUAAAAUUGAUGAAGCUUGGCAAAUGCUUGAAGCUAUGGAGAAAAACUAUGGUUUAACUGAUGUGCAUAGCUUUGAUAUUCUUAUUAACACUUUUUGUAAGAGGCGUCAGUUUGAUUUGGUUUUGAAGCUUCUUGAUAGAAUGACUUUGAAGGGUAUUGAACCAAGUAUUUUAGCUCAUGCUGCGAUAAUAAAGUCGUAUUUUGAAUCAGGAAAGUACGAGGAAGCACAUGCGUAUGUGAUUGGUUCUGCCGAUAAGCUUAGCUAUUCUAGCAAUGCAAACUACAGCUUGCUUGCUACCCUUCAUUUGAAGAAUGGGAAUGUGCUGCUUGCCAGUAAGGUUCUUUCUGAGAUGAUGGACAAAGGUCUUAAACCUAAAUUUUCAGCAUACAGAAAAAUUAGGACGCAUCUCGAGAAGAAAGCUGAAAAGGACUUGUCUAUGGAAUUAUCAAAAAGAUACUUGAGCUUGAUUGAAAAAUGAAGAAAGAUUCUGGAUUUUACAUGACCAGCUGCUGUAAUUCCAUUUAGUGUUUGCUUAAUAGUUGCUCUACAUACUGAGCGGUUCAGUUAAUGACGUUUGCUUCUGCCAUUUUUUGCUGGGGUUUGUACUACUCCAUUGCAGGAUUUUCAGAAAAAAAAAAAGAAAAAAAGAAAGAGAUGCAGCUGAGAAGAAUCUUUGGAGUUGAAUGAAGAUGUUGACAGCAGCUGUGGUGCAGAGAAUUGGAGUUGAGCAGUUUUGAGCAAUCAUUGAAGAACAACUUGUAAAAUGCUGAACCUGUUAAAUGACUUGUUGCUGCCAAUUGAAGACUUCCUCGGAACCUGCUGAACCAACACACAGGCAACCUGCUGCUGCCAUGUCAAAGAGAAAGAAACACUUUGAGUUCAAGUAACGCCACAUGCGCUGGUCUGUUGGAUUGGAGCUGAAUAAAGGAACUUGAAGACUCAAUUUACCUGCUGACCUGCUAAUUGAGUUACUUGUAGUAUUAGUUAGUGGUAGUUAAGUUGAACCAAGUGUAAUCAUUACUUUUGUUACCUGUUGCAACCAGUUUCUCCAAUUGUUUUCCAAUUCGGAUUUUCACUUCAGCCUAUAUAAGGCUUUGAUUUGAUCUGCCACAGUUCAGACAUACAACACACACAGUUCAGACAUACAAAUUUAGUUUUUAGUUCUCAAUGUUCCGUGUACUUUUCCAGUUCCUUACGGGUUAUUUUCCAAAUUUCUGAAGAUGUAAUGCUGUUCCAGAACUGAAUUCAAUUCAAGUUAAAUUGUUAUUCUCAA